UGACAUCACCGUCUAGGGGAGAGGGAAUGGGGGGGACAAAGAUACGGGACACGAUUUGUGCCUAAGGAUGAUGAUGAUGGUGAACAGUGACCUAAUCCUGGGCUCUGUUCGAUGGUUUGCCUUCCCAAAAGUUCGAAUUUCGCGCCCUGCGACCUCACACCUCCCUCCAUCUCCCCGGCGCUUCCACAAAGACGCGCCACCUGCGGGCCUCGGCAAUCGAUGAUUCGACCCUCCUGCCUCCCCUUGCAGACUGCGUGCGGACGGCUCGGGGAUGGAGUGGAGAGGUCUGGGGCGGGCGCGUGCGCAGUAGCGAAGCUCGUGUGGAGUUGAGGGGCUUCAGUCCUGGGUGCUAUUUAGUCCGCUCCUCUUGCCCCCCGCCGGACUUGCCAUGGCAGACGAUGACUUGGAGGCCCUGCGGAAGCAGAGGCUGGCCGAGCUGCAGGCGAAGCAUGGGGACUCUUCUGGUGACCCAGCUCAACAGGAGGCAAAACACAGGGAAGCAGAGAUGAGAAACAAUAUUCUAGCUCAAGUUCUGGAUCAGUCAGCGCGGGCCAGGUUAAGUAAUUUAGCACUUGUAAAGCCAGAAAAAGCUAAAGCAGUAGAGAACUACCUCAUACAGAUGGCAAGAUAUGGACAGCUGAGUGGAAAAGUAUCAGAGCAGGGAUUGAUAGAAAUUCUUGAAAAAGUAAGCCAGCAGACAGAAAAGAAAAUAACAGUUAAGUUCAACAGAAGAAAAGUAAUGGAUUCUGAUGAAGAUGAAUAUUGAAAUUUAAUGUUUAAAGACUCAUAAACUUCUUGAAAAAUUUCUAGGAAAAGAUAAUACUUGGCAGAAGUGAAGAUCUGAUUAAAUGGUAACUUUGCUUUCUGUAUACAUUUUGAGAAAGAGGGGCAAAUAAAAAGGACUUGUUUAUGUAAAAUAAAACAAUUUGGACAAUG